AUGGAGUUACUGGAAAUGAAAUACUGUGUGGCCGGUGGAAGUGCAAGGCUGAUGUUUGACGUUUCGAUCGAUAAAGCUGUGGAGUCACUAGAUGAACGAAUUCGUCACGUGCGGGACGUCGGGGUCGUCGAUCGUUUGAGGGCAGUUUAUUACAAGGAUCAGGGGUGUUUAGACCUUUACUACACACCUUUGAUAAGCGCCUACGUUGCACGGAAACUUGCUCUCACUCACAGUUUUCAGCUGUUGAGGUUAAUUGCAAGCCGGUGCGUUGUCGACAUGAUGGAUGAAUGGCUGAUGGAAGCGUGGUUUUUAUCGAUGUUGAAUACAGCCGGAAUCGAAUUCGUGGAGGGAGGUCCUGACCAGGUCCGAGGGCAAUGGGGGCGAUCGGAUGUGAAAUUCUUUGACCCGGUCAAGCCUUCUAUCGAGUUACGACUGGAUCGCCCCACGUGGAUCACUCCCGUGCAGUGGAGCGAAGUGGGUUUUGACGCCGUUUUCGUGGGCAAGGCAAAUGCGCUGGAGCGGUUCGUUCAGGUUACUCUUGCAACUCUUGCGGAUCACCAUAGCUUCGACCACCGAUACUUUGUGGAGCUUUUGGACAAACUGGCAACUCACGACGAUUUGAAAGACGUGCAGCUCAAGAUGGUUGAGCUCUCCUAUGUUGUUCCGAGGUGUCGAAUAUCCGUCUUUCAGCGUCCUGUGAAAUCGACGGGUUUCAAGAACAUCGUCCAAGGUCGCCCUUCUCCGGCGACGGCACAAGCAGGGGUUCUCGUACCCGCGGUGAUAUCGUGUUUGAAAGCUCCAAGGCUGAAGUGA